AUGGCUGGCCCACCAAAGCCGCGAAUGCAGGCCGAGAAGCAGCCCAAUAGCUCGUCCGAUGGCUCCUCCUCUGCUUCUCGCAAUCCGCAGCGUUCCAUGACCAAGUCUAUUCCUCGUCUCGAUGGUAAUCGCGAUCCCAGCACCAAGAUCGCCAUCGAUUACACACAGCCCAAUGACCUCAAGAACUUGUCCGAGUUUCUUGGUAUGGCUGGCUGGUAUGCGGCACGUGGUAUGAAGAUUCCGGAGUCCCUUCCUCAGCGUCCGAAGAACUUCAACCAGUAUGGCAAGGCUGCUACUGUCACCAUCAACACCUUCAAUGUCCUUCAGAUGCCCAAGGCCGUCGUCUAUCAAUACGAUGUCGCCUACGCCGGUGAUGCUGCGGACUACAGCAAGCGUGUGCUGCUCAAGAAGAUCUGGAACUCCCCUAAAGUCAAGGCCGAACUUGGUGAGCCCAAUAACCUCUGGAUCUGGGAUGGCAACAAGCUUGCCUGGUCCACCGCGAGGUUUGAGCGUCCGGAGACCCGCGUCGCUAUCGACCUGGACGAGGAAGAGGGCCGUCCCACCAAACCAGGUGCGCGUGGCAACAAGCACAUCAUCUACAUCCGCCGUACUCGUCAAGUCGACUUCGCCAGCAUGACCGCUUUCCUUAACGGUCAGAUUGGCUGGGACAACACCUGCAUCGAUACGAUCAACUUCCUGGACCACGUCUUGCGGGAAUGGCCCUCACAGCAGUACACUCAGAUCAAGAAGUCCUUCUUUCAGCGUGGCGAGCAACGCUUCGAUCUUGGCGGUGGUGUUGAGGCCUUCAAGGGUGUCUUUGCCUCCUUCCGGCCUGUCCUCGACGACAAGUUCAAGAAGAACCUUUCGAUCAACGUCGAUGUUGCCAACGGUACCUUCUGGCGCGCUCAAGAGCUCACUCGUGCCAUCGCCCAAGUGUUCAACUGCACCCCGCCGCAGUUCUCAGCCAUGUUCAAGGCCGCCCUCAAGGACUGGAACAAGUCCCUGUUGAAGCGAGACCUCCGCAAGUUCAAGAAGGUUGGCGUGUCAACUCUCCACACCAAGGAGCCCACCCAGUGGACCAUCGAUGAGUUUGUCCCCUUGGACGCUACCCAGGCCACCUUCCCGGACCCGGACAACCGUGAGAAGAAGAUCUCUGUCGCUCGGUACUUCAAGAAGAAGUACAACGUCGACUGUAUCGCCAACGUCCCAGUCGUCAAGAUGACGAAGAAGAUCCGCAAGGAGGCUGUCUACAUGCCCAUUGACGUCCUCAAGAUUGAUGGCAACCAGCGCUACAACACUAAGCUCAGCGACGUCCAGACGUCCCAGAUGAUCAAGUUCGCUGUCACCCUCCCCAAGGAGCGCUGGGCAGCUGUUCAGCAUGGACUCCGCCUCCUCAACUGGACGAACGAUCCCUACCUGAAGCACUACGACGUGAAGGUCAGCUCCACCCCUGCCAAGGUCACGGCUCGCAUCUUGCCUUCGCCCACUGUCUCAUUCGGUGCCGGUUCCAAGGAGAUGACUAUCAAGCCUGCGGACAUGCUCAUGGGUCGAUGGCGCCUAGAUGCUCGCAAGUUCGCCGUCACCAACAAGGACAAGCCAAUCAAGGCUUGGGGCAUCUGCGCAAUCCAGGGUCGUGGUAGUCCUUCUCCUCCGGCUGUUUUAGCAUUCAUCGAGAAGUUCAUCCAGAUCUACGAAUCCCAUGGUGGCGUGAUACUCUCCCACCCUGAGCACGGCAAGAAGCCCUGGUUGGGUCCAGGUAACCUUGGAGAUGGCGGUGAGAUGGUACAGAAGGCUUGGAACCAGACAGGAAACAAGUACAACCAGCCGCCCAACUUCAUGUUCUUCAUCGUCAACGAUCGCAACGUCGAGGUCUACCGUCGCAUCAAGAAGUCGUGUGACAUCCGCUUUGGUGUUGCUUCGCAGUGUCUUCAGGCCAAGCACGUCCUGUCUGCCUCACCUCAGUACAUCUCCAACGUCUGCAUGAAGGUCAACGCUAAGCUCGGCGGUUGCACUUCUGUCGCCAAGUCUCAGCUUAUCCCCAAGAUUGCGCCGAAGUCAGCCUCUAUCCCAACUAUGGUUGUUGGUGCCGAUGUAUCGCAUCCCGCUCCUGGUGCCGCCUCUGGUGAAGCUGCCUCGUUCGCUGCCAUCACUGUCUCUGCCGACGCCUACUUUGUCAAGUACUGGGCUGAGUGUAACACUAACGGCAACCGCGUCGAGAUGGUCACCACUACCAACAUCUACGAACACUUUGGAAACAUGGCACGUGUCUGGAUGCAGCGGAUCGGACAGGGCCGGGCUCCUCAGCGCGUUCUCUACAUCCGCGACGGCGUCAGCGAGGGACAGUACGCUCAGGUGCUCUCGGAUGAGGUUCAUGACAUGAAGGAGACCUUCAGGAGGGCUGGCUGCAAGAUACUUCCCAAGUUCACUGUCGUCAUUGCUGGCAAACGCCACCACAUCCGCUUCUUCCCUGAGAAGGGCGACCGCAACGGCAACCCUCUGCCUGGUACUCUGGUGGAAUCUGGUUGCACCCAUCCCUUCGAGUUCGACUUUUACCUCUGCUCCCACGUCGCCAUCAAGGGUACGGCUCGCCCUAUUCACUACCAGUGCAUCCUCAACGAGGGUGAGUGGCAGGCUGCCGAGCUUCAGCAGUUCAUUUUUGAGCACUCUUACCACUAUGUCCGCUCUACGACCCCGGUUUCCCUGCACCCAGCUGUCUACUAUGCCCACUUGGCUGCUGACCGUUCCCGUGCCCAUCUGAACGAGAGCCCAGUAUCCUCUGGCAAGAAGGAGUCAAAGGCUGAGCAGAAGCCCGCCACUGGCUCGACCGGCUACCGCGCCGUCGAGAUCGCCCCUCUGAUGCCGCUCAUGAACACAUAA